ACUUGUAGGGUAAGAGCACCAAUACCCAGCCCCUAACCAGCAGUCAGCCGGUCAUAUACUUUAACAUUGGUUCAAAAUAUACAUAGAUAUAAUUUAACAUCAAGUGGCUGGCUACUGGUGCUCUUACCUUAUCAUUAAAAUUCCCAGAUUAUAAUAAAAAAAUUAAGACGGGAUUAUUAGGUAAAAUAAAUGAUUUAAAUACAAGUCGACUUUCAUAUAUAUUUACAUUUAUUCUUCCAGUUUAAUGAAAUAUUACAAAGUUUAUACUUUACAUCGAUUAAAGACUGAAAUUAAAACUUUUUGAACAUAUUAAAUACAAAUUUAGAUUAUAAAUUGGAAGUAGUACAAGAACUGAAAAAUAAUUUUUGGUUGCCAGUAUACCUGUAGUCGUUGCACUGAUCAGUCGAUAGUUUUGUGAUAAAUUAUUUCUCAAGUGAAUUAAAUUAUUAACCAUGGGACGUGAUUCUAGAAAGGUUUCAAGAGAACUUCGGAGUUCUGAAAAAAUUAAUAAGUCGCGUUCAGUCAAAAGAAAGAAUGUUUUUAAUCCGAAAACAGCCGAACGUGAUGAAAGUAUUCAGAGUACAUCUUCUAAAAAAUUAAAACAAAACACUGAAGAUGAUGUACCUGAAGACAGCAGUACUGAAUUUCGAAUAAUAAAUUUUAUUCAGGUAUUCACUGCAAUUUCUGCUCUUAUAAAAUGUAAAAAAUGUGAUGGAAAUGUAGUGUUUCAAACAGCAAGUACACGUGGGCUGGGAUUCAAAAUUGUAGUUGCAUGUAAUAACUGUGGAAAUGAAUAUAUUCCUUCCUGUUCUUUCGUUGGGCAUUCUUAUGAAAUAAACAGACGUUUCAUUUUUGUAAUGAGAAUACUAGGAAUAGGAUACGAAGGAUUGUGCAAGUUUUGCGGCCUGAUGGACAUGCCGUCUUUUUUAGAUAAAUCUACGCAUACAAUUUUACUGAAACAGAUUUUGAAUUGUAGUAAAGCCGUCGCAGAAACCUUCAUGACGAAAGCUGUGAAUGAAGAAAAGCAAGCAAUGCCAACAACUGAAAAUGAAGAUAUAAAUCAUCUAACUGUAUCGGGAGAUGGAACCUGGCAAAAACGGGGAUAUACAUCGUCAUUUGGAGUUUCUUCUAUAAUUGGCUAUUUUACUGGAAAGAUUCUUGACAUAAACAUUAAAAGUGCAUAUUGUAAGCUAUGUGAGUAUUGGAAAAAAAAAACAAAUACUGUUGAGUUCGAGGAAUGGUAUCAAUCGCAUGAAGAUGUGUGUUCUGCUAAUCAUCAAGGGUCUUCUGGGAAAAUGGAGGUGGAUGCGAUGGUCGAAAUGUUUUCGUAUUCUGAAACUAAAUAUGGAGUUAAGUAUGCCAACUAUAUUGGUGAUGGUGACUCCAAGACCUAUUCAGGAAUUAUAAAAUCAGAUCCUUACGAAAAUACAACUGUAAAUAAAAAGGAAUGUAUAGGGCAUGUCCAAAAGCGGAUGGGGAGUCGAUUACGUACGCUGAAGAGUAAACAAAAAGGUCUUGGUGGUCGAGGUAAGCUCACAGGAAAAUUAAUAGACAAACUAACUGUGUACUAUGGUUUAGCAAUACGCCGGCAUUGUGAUUCUAUUGAAAAUAUGAAAUCUGCUAUAAUGGCAACCUUUUAUCACUACGGCUCGAGUGAUGAAAAACCGAAUCAUGAUAUGUGUCCAAAAGGCGAAGAAUCUUGGUGCUCUUACCAGCGCGCUGAAGCAAGAGGAGAGCUUGAUACCUUUUCUCACGAUUAUUCUCCUUUACCUUCUGAUGUUUUAAAAGCUAUCAAGCCUAUAUACGAAGAUCUUAGUAAUGAAAAUUUACUUUCAAGAUGUGUAGGUGGAUUCAAUCAGAAUAAUAAUGAAAGCUUUAACCAACUAGUAUGGAAAAUAUGUCCAAAAACGGUAAAUACUAGUUUUACUAUCGUACAAAUAGCUGCAUACGUUGCUAUGUGUAUAUUUAAUGAGGGUAUAAAUUCAUUAUUAGUCUUGAUGAAUACACUAGGACUUAAUUGUGGGCCUAAUUCUCAUCGGUAUGCAGAAAGAAUGGAUGCUGCACGUAUCAAAGUAGCAGAUAAGCGCGCUAAUGAUAACACCCGAGAAGGUCGAUUGCAACGUAGGCACCAGCAAAUCGAUAUUUUGGAAGCUGCUAUGUCGGCUGAAGAGCUAUUAUAUGGUCCAGGAAUAGAUGACUCAGUAUGAAUCUCCAAGGACUUAUGAUGAUCACCGCAAAGGACUUCGGGAGGAACGGGCUCUACAAAAACAGCGAUAACUUUUUGAAUUAUUAAUUUUUUUUUUUGAAAUUUUCGUGAAGUCAAAUCGAAACGUGUUCUAAUAAAGCUAUGUUUUUAUUUUUGUCAAAUAAAGUAAUUAACUACAAAAAAAAAAUUAUUGAAAAUCAUCAUUUUUUCAUACCCCUGAG